CUUCAGACCACCACACAUCAUUUGAAAAGUUUGUUACAAUCUAAGAUGGAUAACGACCUUUAAUGUAACGCGAAUUAACAGUUAAUAAAAAACACCUGUAAAGCGAAGUGAUACACGUAGUUACGGUGGGAAAUUAGUUGUAUAAUAAUAAAGAUCAUUAACCAAUCAGUGGCAGUGUAAGGUGGGUCAUGUCAACUCCAUAUACUGUAUAUAUAAAAAGGUGAACUCUAUGGUAAAAUUCGUAAGUUUACAACUAUGGAUUAUAUAAAAAGUUUACAACCUGCUGCUGCACCAUUGAUAGAUAAUCGAAGGUUGGUUCUAGCUUCCGCCGACGGCACCGGAUCCAAGCGCCAGCAGCGCCACAACCGAGGACCUGCCGGUAAAAGCUGUUAAGCUCGGAGUGACCUGGCGGCAUUUGAGGAGCCUUUCCAGCCUCCCAACUUCAAUUUUCCGGCCAGCGUUUUUUUUGGGAAAGAAACUUUCAGCCGUGCAUUUACACCAACUUGUUUUUUUCUAAAUGGAAGUGGCUUCAUUAUCCGGCAGAGUUUGGUCAGGUUGUGUGUUUUGCUUGCGUGAAAAGGCAGCAGAGGGAAACCGGCUGAUUAGGUGCCCUACCUGGCGUGAAAACAUGGCUGCUUACUACCAAGACUCAGAAGAGACAAACUCAACUCUCCUUGAUGCAUGUCCACCCUGACAUUUUGAAUCAUCCAUGCCCUUAUGAGAGACACACAAUUUCCAUAACACGUUAGCGCAAGGCAACAUUUGGAUUAUUAAAACUACUGGAGCACCUGCAGCUCAAGAUUAUCUGUGCAGCCCGGACGAGAACGUUUACAGCAUCGACUUCACCAGGUUCAAGAUCCGAGACAUGGAAACCGGCACAGUUCUGUUUGAAAUCACCAAACCUCCAUCCACAGAUAAAGCAGGAGAGAAGAGGGAUAUUGACCCAAACGCCGGCCGGUUCGUCCGUUACCAGUUCACCCCGGCUUUCCUCCGGCUGCGGCAAGUUGGAGCCACCGUUGAGUUCACGGUCGGAGACAUGCCCAUAGAAAACUUCAGGAUGAUCGAGAGACAUUAUUUCCGCGAGAAGCUGCUCAAGAGUUUUGACUUUGAGUUCGGCUUCUGCAUGCCCAGCAGCAAGAACACCUGUGAACACAUCUACGAAUUCCCACCUCUGUCUGAGGACAUCAUCAGAGAGAUGAUCCUGCACCCGUAUGAGACGCAGUCCGACAGCUUCUACUUUGUGGACAAUAAGCUGGUGAUGCACAACAAGGCAGACUACUCGUACAACGGUGGGACGUAGAGAUGACACACCAGCACGAGAGACAGGUGGAUGUACGGACUGACCUGAGGGACGAUCAGAGCACGCUGGUGGGGUUAACAUCCUGUCAAUCCAGUAAUCUCUCUCUCUUUCUCUCUCUCUCUCUUUCUCUCUCCGUCUUUCUCUUUCUCCUUCUCCCGUUGAGAGAAUGCCGUCCAGAAAACACCCAUACAGAUGUGUCGGUUACAGCCUGUGUGUGUGUGUGUGUGUGUGUGUGUGUGUGUGUGUGUGUAAGCACGUGUGAGUUUGUCAAAGCCUGGCAAGAAGCCACAUUCACACAAACACACACAUGGACACACACAUUUCACAGCUUGGUGUGGCAUCGCUGUGACAAAGUGUGUUUGUAACAUGAUAAACCAGCACGUGAUCAAAUUUUGGGGAAACAUCAGAUGGCUUUCGCUCUCUCGCCACGUCAUGAAGUGAAUAAAGAAAAAAAAAAAAAAAAAAAACCUGUAUCUUCAACUAUUGAUAGAAAAUUAUUUUUUUCAUUCCUGUAGCUGUUAGGAACAAAUCUUGCGUCUAAAAACGUGUAUUUUUAGGACUUGAACGACCAGUGUGUGGGAUUUAGUGGCAUCUAGUGGUGAGGUUGUAGAUUGCAACCAGCUGAAGACCCCUCCCCUCCCCUCCCCUCACCCCUCCCUCUCCCAGCGUGUAGGAGAACCUACGGUGGCCUUCAGGUAGCGAAACACGGCCCUCUCUAGACCCAGUAUUUGGUUUGUCCAUCCUGGGCUACUGUAGAAACAUGGCGGGCAACCCCCCUGUGUAGAUGUGAAGGGCUUAUUCUAAGAUAACGAAAACACAGUGAUUCUUAGUUUCAGAUGAUUAUACAUUAAUGAAAACAUGAUUAUGAAUAUUAUCGACUAUAGAUCCGAAUGAAUCCUACACACUGGUUCUGGGGAAAUUAUUUCUCAGAUUCAGCGAGUGUGUGUGUGUGCGUGUGUGUGUACUCUUGCUUUUUGGAGUGUGUGUGUUUCUGUACUUUGUAUGAUUGUCUGUACUGUGUGUGUGUCUGUGUGUCAGUUUGAAGCAUGAUUACUGGUCUGGUAGAAAUAUAUGAAUUUAAAUGUCAGUACUGUGGUCAUCUGGUUUAUAAAGGUUCAAAUAGAUUUCCAAAACCUAUUAGCACAUUUUCUACAGAGUAGACAGUAGUUAGUCAUUUUGACUUUAUAUCAGACCUAUUUCCUGUUUCCUUAUUCCUUUGUUCCUCAUUUAUUUCUCCAGUCGUGUUACCUGUAUAAACUGUAGGGCGUAUGCGUUUAUUGUCUUUCUCAAAGCACAAAAUCUCCACGAAGACAUCAAUGAGGAAACAGUGAGCUGAUCUGACCAUAAAUGUACUGAGUGAUCUGUGUAUAAACUGUACUGUCCAGCCCUCCUGUUGCUUCAUUUAGCUGAUAAAGAAGUUGUUAAGAACCCUAUUCGUUCAAGUUAAAGUUUUACUGAUUGCAAAGAAAAGGGAAACUUGGAGGAAGAUUGGGGAAUGUAGCAGAACUCUUUUAAAGAUCAAUUCAUCCUCAAAUCAUCAUCGUCCUUGUCACGUCUCCUGCGUCCAUGUCCUCAUUUUCUUGUGCGGUUUCUUCUGCCUCAUCAUUUCCAUUCUGAGCCGUUGCAGUCAGUGAGGACCUGAGUGUGCUGAUCUGUUGUUAAUCGAGGGCAUUUAUUACACAGAUCAAACAGAAAAUCUGUAACUGAACUGUCUUUUGAUGCCUCUAAAUUGUAAUAUGCACACUUGGCUUUCUAUCUUCUGACUCAAACAGUAUAAUUCUGUCUUAUAUCCAGCAUAUAUCUGCACAUGCUGUCUGAUGAUGAUGAUGAUGUGCAUCAGUCUGAUGCACUUGAAAACCAGUUUAGUUUCUGUGAUUCUGCUUAAACUGCAGUAAACUCCACCCGUCUGUUACAGCAAGUGUGUUCAAACAAACACUGCAAAUCAUUUGCAAAAAAAAUAUCUGUACUGCUUACAGAUCUGGUUGAAAGGAAAUUACUUGAAUGCACCUGUUUGAUUCAGAUUGUCACUUGAAGUGAUUUAAAUCUGAAUGACUCUGUUUUUGUUUUGGGCCUGUACAAGUUGCUGAUUGUGAGUUACAAGGAAUAAAAGUUGAGAGACAAAAUUAGCAAAUGUGCUAAAAGUCGUGAAAUGGGACAGGAGGGGGAGUCCAGUCGGCUCAGAUUAACUUGAAUGUUAUGUCAAAAAUGUAACACAGAUUUGUAGAGCAGAUUUAUUUAUGAUCGAUUGUGACUCGUGUACAAAUUAUUUUGAUUCAAAUGUUGGUGUGACUGAACAAAAGUAAAAUAAAUAAAGAUUUAUGGGACUUUUUGAAA